AUGGUUGCCCAAAAGAAAGCGAAAAAGACAGCAGACAACAUCAAUUCCCGCUUGGCAUUGGUUAUGAAGUCUGGCAAAUAUGUCUUAGGCUACAAGCAGACACUGAAGACCCUGAGAGCAGGAAAAGCCAAGCUGGUCAUCAUUGCCAACAACACCCCUCCUCUCAGGAAAUCUGAGAUUGAGUACUAUGCCAUGUUGGCCAAGAUUGGUGUCGUCCAUCACUACACUGGCAACAACAUUGAGCUGGGAACUGCCUGCGGAAAGUGCUUCCGAUGCUGUGCCCUCUCAAUCACAGACCCAGGUGAUUCUGACAUCAUCCGCAGCAUGCCCCAAGAGCAACAACCUGCAGCUUAA